AUGCUUCCACAUUGCCAGCAUAGUCAAUACCGCUGCAGAAGUUUAACAACAAUAAUCAAAAUGGGGCUAGACAUCUUGUAGCUGCAGUCUUGAGAAUAAUAAAUCCAUAUGGAAAAUAUUUCACAGUUUACGUUGUGUACUAGGCGAACACUAUAAUAUGUUGUCUGUGUGUAAAAGUUGUGCCCAAAGUGUAAACUUAACCAGACAAUCGCGAAAAUCAUGUGAUCUGUCAUAAAUAAAGAGGAAGUGGAACUGUACGGACAGAAAUGUUUAAAUGAAGCAUUAAUCGUUGCACAUAGAAUUUAUACCUUUUAUCAUAAAGCACGUUUAUAUUCAGUGCAACGAAUUAUGAAUUAUCGUGAAGUAUUCGAAAGUUUCUAAUGUAAUGUAACUACCGGUUUUGUAUUUCUAAUAAAUGUUACUUUCUGAACAAGUAUCUGGUUAUGUCACAAAUUUAUGAAAGUCGGAGAAUACCUUUCUUUAACUGCAAUAUUGUUAAUAUUCUUAUAUCAAAUAUUUUACGGUAUUCCAAAAGAUAAAAUAUGCUGGGCAGGAACGAAAAAUUUCGUAAAGGAGAAAAUUCUCUGAUUACUCUCACCAAUCAAAGACGAGUGGUGUGAAAAGAGCAGUUUAACAAAUUCCCAAUAUUGGUGAUGAAAAUCGUGAUAGCCGUGGAGAAUUAAUGCUAGAUUCUUUUUCCAACACAAAGAAACUGGUUUUUAUGCAAGAUGUCUCACUCAGGAGAUGCAGCAAAUAACAUUAAAGAUAUGGCUAUUGAUUUCAUAGCAGGAUCCUUAGGAGGAAUUGGUUCAGUUUAUGUUGGUCAACCUUUGGAUACUGUAAAAGUGAAAAUGCAGACAUUUCCAGCAUUGUAUCAGGGAAUGGUGGAUUGUUUUCGACAAACUCUAAUGAAGGAAGGAGUUGCAAGAGGUCUGUAUGCUGGGACAGUGCCAGCUAUAGCAGCAAAUGUUGCUGAGAACUCUGUUCUCUUUGCUUGUUAUGGAUUAUGCCAAAAAACUAUAGCAAAAGCUGUGGGAGUCCAGAAUACUGGUGAUCUGAGCACUCUUGCAAAUGCUUCUGCAGGUUUCUUUGCUGCCUUCUUUUCAUCCCUUGUUUUGUGCCCAACAGAGCUGGUUAAAUGCCAACUACAAGCCAUGCGGGAAGUUCAGAUGCAAUCACUGAAACAAGGGGAUACAGUGAGUAAAAUUGGACCAUUCCGCUUAACGAAGAAUAUCUUACAAAAAGAUGGGAUCAGUGGUUUGUUCAGAGGAUUAACAUCAACAAUUGCCCGUGAAAUGCCUGGGUAUUUUUUCUUUUUUGGAGGAUAUGAGGCAUCUAGAACAUUCCUUACUCCACAAGGGCAAACAAAAGAUGAUAUAGGACCCCUCAAGACAAUGGCCUCAGGUGCAAUUGGUGGAGUCGUAUUCUGGAUGGUCACAUUUCCUGCUGAUGUGAUAAAAUCACGUAUUCAGGUUGCAGGUUCAAAGGAGACAAUGACUUCAGUUCUGAUGCGUAUCAUUCGGAAAGAAGGUCCAUAUGCACUCUACAAUGGCCUUCGACCAACUGUUGUCCGUACAAUCCCUGCCACUGCAACGUUGUUCCUUGUGUAUGAGAAUAGUAAGAAACUCAUGCACCAUUUUACUGACUGAAGUAUUUAAAUAGAAAUGAUCAUGCUGCACUAGAAUGCAUAAAUUGUGCAAAAGAACUGUAAUGUGGGUAAUAGUAAUAUAUUAGCCAACACAAAGAGCAUGUAAAUCCACAAACUCACCUAGGGCAGUUAACUCUUGUAUAGUAUGUGGGCAUCAUUUUGUUACUUUUUGUGAAAAUAUAAAUAACUAUAUUUUAAAGACAACAUUUUUCAUAAGGAAAUGUGACGAGCACUGGAAUCAUUCACCCAGUAUGGCAGAGCUAUGUGGAUGUAAGGUAUGCACUCAUAAUGCCUUUGUAGAGUUCGUUUGUAUAAAUUCCAUAAACUUACAAUGUAAGUUUGUUUGUAUUUAAGACAGAUGGCUGGCUAUGGAUCAUUUGUCAAAAAGUGUGAAAUCAAGGUUAAGUUUAUAAUAAAACAAAUUACAAAUA